CGGGGCGCGCAGCCGGGCGCCGGAGUCCAUCCGGCAGGCGGGGCACCGUGGGCGGACGUGCGCGGCUGGCUGAACGCAGGCGGCACCGGCGGCAGCCGGGCCAGCGCCGGGGCUUCGGCGGCGUCGGACUGGAGGCGGAACAGGAAGGCACGGGCGGUGCCGCAGCUUCGCGCGGAGCGGGGGGUGGGGGUCUUCCCCGGCUACCCCCUGGGGGUGUCCCCCACCCCGCCCCAGGCUCCUGCAGAGGACACGUGUCAGCACGUUCCCGCCGUUGUCGUCUCAUCCCAUGUCAUAGCCCCUCCCCCAGGCCUGGGGCACCCCCCACCUCCGGGCCCCAUUAUCCCUAGGCCCAACCCCCGAGGCUGACCCGCGGGGCCCAACAGGGUCCCUCUCUUCCACCGGCGGGUCUCCACAGGCAGCGAGCGGGAGCGUCCCGGCCCGGCCCCUAGCGGAAGACACUCGUCAGCACGUUCUUACCCCUGUCAUCUCAUCCCUUGGCCUAGCUCCACCCCGGGCCUGGGAACCCUAGUCCCCUCUGGCCCAUUGUCCCUGGGCCCAGCUCUGCGCUGACCGCAGGCUCGGCCCUAGCCCGUGAUCUGCGCGUCUCCACCGGCAACGCGCCGCCACCCGGAUGCAGCCAGCAGGCUGGGCGGCCGUCAGGGAGGCGGUGGACCGCGACAUGCUGGCCGCUGACCUCCGUUGCAGCCUCUUCGCCUCCGCGCUGCAGAGCUACAAGCGCGACUCGGUGCUGCGGCCCUUCCCUGCGUCGUACGCCCGCCACGACUGCAAGGACUUUGAGGCCCUGCUUGCAGAUGCCAGCAAGCUACCCAACCUGAAAGAACUUCUCCAGUCCUCCGGAGAUAAAGACAUACGUGCCAGGGAUCUGGUGAGCUGGAUUUUAUCCUCAAAGGUCCUGACAAUCCACAGUGCAGGGAAGUCAGAGUUCGAAAAGAUCCAAAAGCUGACCGGUGCCCCUCACUCGCCUGUCCCUGUGCCGGACUUCCUGUUUGAAAUUGAGUACUCCAACCCAGCGGACGCCAAAUUUUAUGAGACCAAAGGAGAACGAGACCUAAUCUACGCCUUCCAUGGGAGCCGCCUUGAAAACUUCCAUUCCAUCAUCCACAACGGGCUGCAUUGCCACCUGAACAAGACAUCCUUGUUUGGGGAAGGGACCUACCUCACCAGUGACUUGAGCCUGGCCCUCAUUUAUAGCCCCCAUGGCCUUGGAUGGCAGCGCAGCCUCCUUGGGCCCAUCCUCAGCUGUGUGGCUGUGUGCGAAGUCAUCGAUCAUCCAGAUGUCAAGUGCCAAGUGAAGAAGAAGGAUUCUAAGGAGAUAGAUCGCAGGAGAGCAAGAAUCAAACACAGUGAAGGCGGAGACAUCCCUCCGAAGUACUUUGUGGUCACCAAUAACCAGCUCCUGCGAGUGAAGUACCUGCUGGUGUACUCCCAGAAGCAGCCCAAGAGCAGGGCUUCAAGCCAGCUGUCCUGGUUUUCCAGCCAUUGGUUUACGGUCAUGAUCUCCCUGUAUCUGCUGCUGCUGCUCAUUGUGAGUGCCAUCAACUCCUCAGCUUUCCAACACUUCUGGAAUCGUGCAAAGAGAUAAUCUCUCUGGUCCUGGUUGUGGGGGGCCACCUUGACCAUGUGCCUUAUGAUAACCUGUUCUGUACCUCCAGUGCCCCACGUCCAACUGGGUGGAGCCUAGGGGCCAUUUGGGGACCACAGGACAAUUUUCAUAUGCCAUAAAUGUAUUGAUUGCCUUUGAUGAUGCUCUGAGCCACACUCUGCUCAGUGGGGACCAUGAGGAGUUUCAGUGGGUUUCAGGGGAGUCCUCCUGUCUGCUCCUUCCUAAACAGUCCUAGGGAGUUGGCUUUUCUGCCAGGGCCAAAGGAAAAUGUCCUGCUGCAUUUAAAAACAAAGUAUCCAAGCUGUCAGUGGUGUGUUUACAAUCGCUCCUGGCAGACGUUGGCCCUUUCUCUAAUGCCUUCUGGAAGGCAGAAUAUGUGUAGUGGGGACUAUAAAUCACUAGGCGGUUGCCUUGUUUUGACCUGAGACACCCAAGAGGAACAGUCAUGUUUCUCAUAAAAACUGGUGGGAUCGUUUCUGAAUUCCAUCAGUCUUUGUAUGUGAGUGCAAAACAUUUUCACAGUUUUCUCAAAUGAACAGACAGCCUUCUGCUGUAACCCCCCUGCCCCAACCAUGGACGAGCAAAGAAGGAGCCAGAGACCUGAUAAAAAAGACAAAUUUAACAGUGAGCGACUCAAGUCAUCUUUUUCUAAAAAUUACCAAACUGCUGAUUAUAGCUGAAAUGGAAACACAUGUUUGUUUUGAUUUGUUUUGUUUUUUAAAUAGCUAUUUGACAAAUUUCAUCUUUGGGAGCUGAGUGAAAGGGAAAGAUUUCUAGAGCACCCUUUGGCCGGUGCCUGAAGUCUCUUUCCUGGCCAUGCUUUAGAGAAAGGGAUUUGAGUUGCAGGCCUGCUUCCUGUUCUUGUUCUCACGAAGCUGCCUUGACUGUGGCCUCCCGGGCACAAGGGCCACACUGCAGGCCUUUAGGACAGAGGCCUGCCUCGGUCUGUCACAAGUGUGCAUGGGCUGAGCCUCCCUCAGAGGGCUCACAGGUCGUUGGGACCCAACCUGGCUUUUAAAAGUGCGGGGAAAGCCUCUGGCUGCCCAGGGAGCUGCAGAUCUCCUUGCUGUUUUCUCUGCCCUUCCUGCCCACCCUGUUUCAGCCAUCAUGGAGCCCCGUCUGAUUUGAGGGGUAGACUUCUGUAAAGAAGGUAGAAAGUCAUUUUUCUAUAACCUGUGACAUUGUGAACAAGCCACUAUCAUGGUUUUUAUGUUGACUAUUGGAAGAUUUCAGAGAUAAUAAAGGUAUUUUCCUAAUUAC